GCUCGUCGGGCGCGCGCGGGAUUCAGAGACGCGAAGUGGCGCCAACUUUCUCUUCGUCGACCCUGUUUCUCGGCCGCGGGCGGCUGGUGCACGCGCGCCGGAGUUGGGACCUGUACGCGGCUGGGCCCGUCCGCUCCCGGUGUUUCUGUGUCGUGGCGGACGCGAUCUCUCGAAGUCGACUCCAGGAAGGUGGACAGUAGACGUACCAUGAACGCGCUUAGGUAGUAGCGAUUCGAAGGGGAGAGGUAGUCCGCUGGAGUCGCCACGAUGCUGCGAUGCCGUCGGUCGCGGGACCCUGGAGGACAGCACCAUGAGUUCGGACAGCAGCGGUGGCGCAGGCCCUGGAAGAGCUUUGUCGACUGCCUGUCCGUCCAGUGUCACCAACCACCGCUCCUCCCGUGGCCAGUGCGGCGGAUGGUGGUCCUCUACGCCAACGCGGCAGCCUUUGCCUCAACCGUUGCGACGAGGCACUGGGACGUCGUCGCCUGCCUUGGCCACCGUUGUCUGUUGCUUCCUCGUCACCUGGACCAGGCAGGCCGAAGGCAGCCGUGCAGCUCGAGGCGUCAUGGCCAACACCAGCAGCCUCCUGGAUAGCCUACUGUCGGAGAAGAACUACAACCGCCAGUUCAGACCAGGAUUCGGAGGUCCCCCAACAGAGAUCUUCACGGAUAUUCUCAUCAGGAGCUUUGGACCGGUGUCAGAGAACGAGAUGAUGUUCUCGAUGGACUGCUACUUCCGGCAGACGUGGUACGACCGUCGCCUCAGCUUUCACGGUGACAUCAAGGUGCUCUCGGUCAGUUGGCAGUUCCUGGAGCUCGUGUGGAAACCGGACACGUACUUCUUCAACGGCAAGAGCUCCUACCUCCACAAGGUCACCGUGCCAAACAAGUUUGUCCGUCUGUUCCACGACGGUCGACUCAUGUACUCUAUGAGGCUCACCAUAAAAGCAAGCUGCCCAAUGCACCUCCGAAAAUACCCACUGGACACGCAAGCCUGUCCACUGGAGAUUGGAAGUUUUGCCUAUUCAUCGAAAGAAGUUGUGUUCAGGUGGAAAGGCCCAGAACCCGUUGUAAUAUCACCUGACGUCACCCUGUCGCAGUAUGAGUUCCUCAGCGUGACAGCGACCAACUUGUCUACGUAUGGACCCGGUGGAGAAGUACGUUCUUCACUCAUGACCCGCUUCAUCUUAAGCCGUCGACGGGGCUACUUCAUCCUUCAAAUCUACGCCCCAUGCUCUAUGAUCGUCGGAGCCUCCUGGGUGGCGUUUUGGAUCAACCGCAGCGACGCUGCUGGCCGCGUCGCUGUAGGCGCCACCACCGUGCUGACACUGGUGACGAUGGGCUUCGGGGGCCGUGCGUCGCUCCCCAAGGUGGACUACGCGACGGCGCUCGACUGGUUCGUCAUCAUGUGCUUCACCUUCGUGUUCACAGCACUCGUCGAGUACGCGUGCGUCAACUACAUCGAGCGCUUUCUCAUCAACCGUGAACGCAAGCGGCUGGAAGUGCUCGCUCAAAAGGAGGAACGCCGAGAGCUUGCCAAGGAGCUCACGGAGCCCGGCCAUGAGGAAACGGUGCUGGACGACGGGACGUCCGGCUCGGAAAACGUGCGGCUCCGGCUCGAGAACGCCGACGAGGAUACGGUGGCGGCAGUGCUAGCGGAUGCCGCGGAAGACGCCUCCUCGCGGCAAGGUCGACUUCGUGCCGGCGUCCCCACGCUGGGCCUGGCGCGAUUCGGCUUCCGCUGGUGGGGCCCGAAGCAGCGGCUGGGCGACAGCCACCCCGACACGGCGUACGCACGGUGCAGUCGCGGUGGCGUCGCCGGUCCUCCAGCGUCCUCGAGAGAGCAGCGCCUCACUCCGAGCGAAGUUGCCGGAGAAAUGGACGCCUGGGCGCGAAUCAUCUUUCCCGUCACGUUCACCGCGCUCAAAGUCAUGUACUGGACGCUGUUCCUCUACUUUGUGGACGACGAAAUCCCCGAAGACCCGCCUCCGCAAAACUGAAUCUUGCUCCCUAUGUCUCACGCGUGUUUGCUUUCUGUGUAAACACACUACGCCCGUCGUACUACACCCUUCUUAAGGCAUCUUCUCUUUCCCGCUAAACGUUCAAGUUCUUACGAAGACACUGUGUGGGGGCCCCGUUUCUUUUCCGAAGUGGAGCCUGUCACUCUACGUGACAGCUGACUCCUGGGUGUGCGCGUUCUCGCGUGAGUCGGCGGGCUUUUCUUUGCCCCCCGUGGUGUUAGACUGUGCGCUAAGCAGUGAAGC